AUGGUGGAGAAAGAGAGGAAGAAAUGUAAGAAGCAAAUGGAGGUACCAGAUCCUGAGGAACGAACUGAAGAGAGAACCAAGAAAAAGUCAAACACUCUUCACACACAAGGUGUGGGAGACGAUGGAGUGACUGUUGCCGCGGAGGGGAUGAGUAGCUGGAAGAAAAAGAGAACCCGUAAUGACAGAGAGACAGAAGAGGGGAUGAACAGUGGCCUCUCAGCGUCUGCAGUAGAUGUCUCAGAUGUAAGGGUGCCUGUAGUGGCCAUAAAGAGUAAGAAGAAGCUCAAGAACAGACAAACGAAGCUUGAAGAGGGAGCGGAAAGCCAUCAGAGCGAUGAUCUUGAUCGAUUCAAGGAAUUCCGAGGACAAGGCAUUUCCCUGCGAACUGGACGAUACAGCGCACAGGAGAACAGACAACUCAUGAGGAACAUAAACGACUUCUUGGCUCUCACAGGGAUUGAGAACGCCGCUAAACUCUUCCAUACAAAGCGCUUCAGAGACGAACUGUCUUUUAUCCAGAGGCUGAAGAGUCAUCACAGAUUCCCUGCGAGAAUAGCUGAAGGAAUCCCGAGGCCUUGGCAUAAGAUCUAUACUCGUGGUGGGAGGAAAAUGUUUGAUGGCAGCAGUUACAAGGGCCGACGAAGGUUCAGCGAAGAUGAACUUUACUCUUUGAAAAAACUGCAGACGUUGCACGGCAACAAUUGGGUGAAGAUCUCACAGUUGACUGGCCGGAGUGAAACGCCCCUUAGGAAACGGUUUUCUCAGAUUUUCGCAAACUUAGGUUCUUGGGGCAAGGAAGAACUGAAGAGACUAAUGGAAGCUGUGCGAGACCACCUGCUGGGACAGGUGGAGCCUGGCAGAGGGCAUGCCACCGUCAGGAAAGACCAGCUGUACAACAACAUCCCCUGGACAGUUGUAUGCCGGAGGGUUAAGACACGCCACCGGGACCAGUGUCGAAUGAAAUGGUUGGGUGUUAUGGCAUACAAAAUGGCACACGGACAACCAGCAUUCAGUGGAGGUGUGAAAACCUUAAAGGCUAAAGUGGAUUUGAUCAAAGCGUUGAACGCAAUGCAGGUGGAAGAUGCCUCAGAUGUUGACUGGGAAGAAAUUGCUCACACAAUUGGGGGAGUCACUCCUUGCUACGUACAGAUGCACUACCACAAGCUAAAAGUAGCCAAAGUGCCGUUGCGUCAGAGCAUGUCUUUCUGUGAGACCAUUGAUUUCCUGUACAGUCGUGUUCUGCCCAAGUUUGAAGAGCUCCUCCGACACAGUCCAGACCGAGUCAGGGAGACCGAGUCCAGAAGAUCCACAAGAGCACUUCCUGCUCUCAGAGAUCUUUGAAGAUGAGGACGACUGAGAUUAUUACGGCGAGGUUCAGAACAGUUGAUUAUCAAUCUUUAAAAAAAAAAAUUUUUUUUUUUAUUUAUUUUUAUCUCUGAGCUUUAUAUUUUGGAUGUAUUUUAAAGGCAUCUUUUGAAAAGAGUAGUUUGGAUGUAGAUGGUGAAAAUCUAUUGGACGGUACUGAAAAUGCUGGUCAGGAGUUUUCCUUUUUUCUGACAUUCACCGAUUAAAGAUGGAUGCUUUGUUAACAUGAUAACAUCCCCAGGGGCUGAUCAUUUGGAGCCUGGUCUGCUGUAGUGUGCAGCCACCCCUUAUUGCUAGAUCAGUAGUGUGCAGCCACCCCUUAUUGCUGGAUCAGUAGUGUGCAGCCACCCCUUAUUGCUGGAUCAGUAGUGUGCAGCCACCCCUUAUUGCUAGAUCAGUAGUGUGCAGCCACCCCUUAUUGCUAGAUCAGUAGUGUGCAGCCACCCCUUAUUGCUGGAUCAGUAGUGUGCAGCCACCCCUUAUUGCUGGAUCAGUAGUGUGCAGCCACCCCUUAUUGCUGGAUCAGUAGUGUGCAGCCACCCCUUAUUGCUGGAUCAGUAGUGUGCAGCCACCCCUUAUUGCUGGAUCAGUAGUGUGCAGCCACCCCUUAUUGCUGGAUCAGUAGUGUGCAGCCACCCCUUAUUGCUGGAUCAGUAGCCCAUAUUGUUUAUGUAACAUAGUUACCAGGAAGUAUUCCAAAAGCAUGGACAUCUGUAGUAGUAUGAUGUAGACAUCUAUCACUCCAUUAGGGUGGGGAUAUAAAUGAUGUAGACAUCUAUCACUCCAUUAGGGUGGGGAUACACAUGAUGUAGACAUCUAUCACUCUAUUAGGGUGGGGAUACACAUG